CCCGCUCCGGCCGGCUCUUAGCUGCAUGCUCGCGCCGCCCUCCUCUCCAUCAUCCAGUGCUCUCUCCUCUUGCGAUUCGCUCGCUCGAUCCUAGCUUCCCUUCCAAGAAGCGCAGCGCCCAUGGCCAUGGCCACGCAAGCCUCCGCCGCCACGCGCCACCUGCUGGCCGCCGCCUGGGCGCCGGCGGCGAAGCCGCGGCAGCUGAGCUCGCAGCUCGCGCUGCCGUCGUCGUCCUCCCGCGGGCCGGCCCCGCUCCGCGCGUCCACCGAGGAGGCGGUGGAGGCGCCCAAGGGGUUCGUGGCCCCGCAGCUGGACCCCAGCACGCCGUCCCCGAUCUUCGGCGGCAGCACGGGCGGGCUGCUCCGCAAGGCGCAGGUGGAGGAGUUCUACGUCAUCACGUGGACGUCCCCCAAGGAGCAGGUGUUCGAGAUGCCCACCGGCGGCGCCGCCAUCAUGCGGGAGGGCCCCAACCUCUUGAAGCUGGCGCGCAAGGAGCAGUGCCUGGCGCUCGGCACCAGGUUGCGCUCCAAGUACAAGAUCACCUACCAGUUCUACCGCGUCUUCCCCAACGGCGAGGUGCAGUACCUCCACCCCAAGGACGGCGUCUACCCGGAGAAGGUCAACCCCGGCAGGGAGGGCGUCGGCCAGAACUUCCGCAGCAUCGGCAAGAACGUCAACCCCAUCGACGUCAAGUUCACCGGCAAGGCCACCUUCGACUAAUCACACUUCACGUACGCCGCACGCCCCAGCCGGGAUCCAAAUUAAAGAACUUCUUCUUCUAUUAAUUACAGUAUAUUGUAAUUUGGCUGCUGGUACGGUGGUGGCAUGAUUUGAGAUGUGCAUGAUGAUCCUUGUGUAAUUUUAUUACCAAGUCUCUUCUUAUAUUUACAUGUUCAUUUGCUUGCUUCUUGCAUAACAUAACGCCUAUCGACAAUGACCAUCAUUAGUUUUAGUCCUACGUGUAUUUGAUUCAA